AUGGCCACCGUCUCGCUCCUGCGAGCCGCGGCGCUCGGGCUGGUGGUUCUGGCGUCGGCGCUGCCGGCGGCGCAGUCGUGGAGCAAAGAGGGUCACAUGCUCACAUGCCAAAUCGCACAGGAUCUGCUGGAGCCUGACGCCGCGAACGCCGUGAGGAACCUGCUCCCGGACGACGUGGGCGGCGUCCUGUCGGCGCUGUGCGUGUGGCCGGACCAGGUCAGGCACUGGUACAAGUACGGGUGGACAGGGCCGCUCCACUUCAUCGACACCCCUGACAAGGCCUGCAGCUUCGACUACUCGAGGGACUGCCACGGCCCCGACGGCGCCAAGGACAUGUGCGUCGCCGGCGCCAUCACCAACUUCACAUCCCAGCUGCUGCACUACAAGCACGGCAGCGCCGACCGGAGAUACAACCUGACUGAAGCCCUUCUGUUCCUGUCACACUUCAUGGGAGAUGUUCAUCAGCCGAUGCAUGUGGGAUUCACCAGCGACCAAGGCGGCAAUUCCAUAGAGCUGCGGUGGUUCCGGCACAAGUCCAACCUCCAUCACGUGUGGGACAGGGAGAUCAUACAGACAGCGCUCGCCGAUUUCUACGGCAAGGACAUGGACGCCUUCCGCAAGCAACUCGAGCACAACCUCACCAAGGGUACCUGGUCUGACGAUGUAUCGGCUUGGACAGACUGCGAAGACCUCUCGUCUUGCCCAACCAAGUACGCGGCCGAGAGCAUAGGCCUGGCGUGCAAGUGGGCGUACAGCGGCGUCCGUGAAGGGGAAACACUGUCCGACGACUACUUCGACUCGAGGCUCCCGAUCGUGUCGCGGCGGAUCGCGCAGGGCGGGGUGCGGCUGGCCAUGUUCCUCAACCGGAUCUUCGGCGCGCACAACCGCGACGUGCCGGUGCCGCCGCCGUCUUGA